CUCCCUCCCUCCCUGCCUUUGGUCCGGGGCCUGGCCGACAUGUCCGGGUACCAUUCCCUGGAAGAAAGGAUGCUGAGGGCCGUCUAUCGCGACCUGUGGGAGAGGGGCUUGACCAUCGGAAGCGGAGGGGCCUAUGGCGCUGACUUUACUGCCUACGAAGGCGACCCCAUGGCCUUCCACUCCUUCGCCGCGAUCAUCGUCCUCCCUGCCUCCUCCCCUCUCUCGGCCCGGGCCCUCUCUGCCAGUGUCCGGCUGGAACAAAGCGUGGUGAAAUUGUUAGUUUACGCCGUCUGCCAUCGGAGGGAGGGAGAGGAGGAGCACAUGGAAGGUAGAGGGGAGAAACGGACGGGUGAAGGGGGGGAGAACGGGGGCGAAGAGAGGGAGAAAGACGUGAGGAUGGAAACUUCCACUUUUGCCGAGGGAAAAGGUAAAGAAGGAGACGUAGGUACUAGGGCGGCGAUUACACGAUUUGGGUGGCCGCGGCGGAGUUAUGUGGGUGGUUUUAUGAUCGAAUAUAUGACACUAAGGUUCAUUUCCGUCACUAGAAGGAUGGAAUAAGCCCAGGAAGGGUAGAAGAACAAAGAAAUGAACGAUCAAUUAGCAGUCUUAUUCCACGUGAAGGAUAGAGAAGUGGAAAAGCUGUUAAAGGGAUGGGGAGGGCCGACCGGCAUGAUUGUUUGUGAAGUCUUCGACGUGCAGACCGGGCUUAAAAGGAUACUUAUUGAGUAGUUUUUUU